UGAGAAAGUAUGCCUGAGCUUUAUUCUCAGACUCGGCCAGAAGCCAAAAGCCUCUAGUGCUCACCAGAAACACAAGACAAGAAAGAAUACACUAUGUUGCUUACAAAAAAGUUUGUAGGGAUCCUUUUCAGUCUCUCACUGAAUUUAUGGCUCUGCAAGACUGCAAAUAUAAUAAUUCUGGAUCAACAAGAAGCACCACAUAUGCAAACUGUUGAUACCAACACCAAUCUUGAGGAAGCAAUACUUCAGGGCAGAAUUAAACAUGUUGCUCAAAGCUGCAAAGAGCUUCAUGAAAAGUAUCAGGUUUAUGAUGAUGGCCUAUACUAUCUGAACUCAUCAAGAGGGGUCCUUUACCAGACGUUCUGUGAUAUGACCACUGCGGGUGGAGGCUGGACACUGGUUGCCAGUGUUCAUGAAAAUAACAUCUAUGGAAAGUGUACUGUUGGUGAUCGCUGGUCUAGUCAGCAGGGCAGUGAACCAAACCGGCCUGAUGGUGAAGGGACAUGGGCAAACACAGUCACAUUUGGAACUGCAGAGGCCGCUACAAGUGAUGAUUAUAAGAAUCCUGGAUACUUUGACAUUCCUGCUAAAGAUGUGUCUGUGUGGCAUGUUCCUAAUAAUAUGGAUUUGGAAUACUGGAACCCUAACUCCCUCCUGCGAUACCACACUGAGAAUCACUUCUUAACUCUUUACGGAGGAAACCUUUUCAAUUUAUUCAAGAAAUUCCCUGUGAGGUUUGGAUUAGGGGCAUGCCUCACAGAUAAUGGACCUGCUGUUCCAAUAGUGUAUGAUACCGGAAAUGCGGAUUUCACCAAAACUCUGUAUGGUCCCAAUUCAAGAACAAUAAUUACACCUGGAUUCAUCACAUUCAGAGUCUUCAAUACUGAAAGGGCAGCCUCUGCUCUUUGUUCGGGUGUCAAACCAACCGGCUGUCACACUGAACAUUUCUGUAUUGGUGGAGGUGGACACUUUCCAGAGGGGCUCCCUAGACAGUGUGGGGACUUUGCUGGUUUCGACUGGGAAGGCUACGGUACUAAUGUAGGAUGGAGUGUUUCCAAAGAGAUGCUCGAAGCAGCUGUUCUUCUGUUUUAUCGCUGACACUCCGAUCAAUCUAAAGUCAACAGCUUCUUUUCCUUUUUUCCAAGAUAUUCCACAAUGAUUAACACCUGAAUGUUACAUACACAAAUAUAUAUCCUUUAUAUUGUUCUGUAAUCUAAGAGUACAUAUGCGUAUUAUGAUUGUAAUGGGGAAAAAAAUCAGAUUAGCCAUUUAUUGAGAUUUUGCUUGUUCAUAUCUAUGUUCUAUGCUCAAUGUUCGUGGGUUUCUUUUUCUCUUUCAACUGUUCAAAAGUGGAUACAAAUGCAUAAUGUUCAAAUAAAAACAGUGGGUUGUCAAUACUG